ACAUUAACUAUGUCUACAUCAUAUCUUCCUUGCCCUAGAUAUUACAUGCACAAUGAUUGGGUAGAAGUUAUACUGAUUAUUUUCAGAACUGACAGCAAUCUAUGUGCAGAUAGUCUUUCUCUGAACGAGAACGAUGAUCAUGAUGACCUAUUUGAAAACUCUGUGGAUGGUGAUGAAGAUCCAGACGAUGAGAUUGGGAUAAAAUAUACUGCUGCAGAGGAAAGCUCAUCAACAAGCAUAAAGAGCCAGUCAACAUCAAACGUCAACAGAACAUCUGCUAGUGGUAGCAAACAAAUAAUAAGAUCAAAGCAAGCCAGGUAUAGAAAAACUAAAGAACCAGAUGUCUUUGAGAAGGCACUGAUUGAUCUCUGCACAAGUACUAAAAAGAGAAGGGAAAACAUUCCAGAAGCUAGAGAUGAAGAUGAGGCUUUCCUUGAGCCAUACAUUCUUCGUCUAAAGAAACUGCCAAACGAUGUUAAAGGAGUGGUGCAAUUUCAGAUUGCACAGUUGUUCUUCAAUGCAGAGAAUAGGCAUUUGCCACCCCAAACUAUUAUGCCUCUUCCUCCAAUGCAAGCUUGUGUGCAGCCUCAAACACAUUGCAUAAUAUCUCCCUCCAGCACUCUUCAGCAGUGCGUUCCCUUAUAUCAGUGCUCACCACAAAGUAAUCACUAUGAAAACGAGCACUUCCCCAGUGUGGAGAGGGAAACAUCAGAUGUUCUUGGCAUGGCUAUGACCGAGUUAAACAACUGAGACAGGAAUUAAUAUGUUUCUUUAUUAUGGCAACCUUAAUGUAUAGAGCACUGUAACGUUUGCAUUCGGUAUUUUAGAUGCAAUAGGGCCAGGAUGGCAAAUGCUCACUAUUCAUGAUUUUCAGGAAACAGUUCAUACCACAGUCAUUGUAUAAUUUUGAUAUUUGUAUUACAUGUUUUUGCAAAUAAACAGAACUUAACAAAAUA